GUUUUCCCGGGGAUGAGUCUGUGAUGUUCUGAAGAAGAACAAAGCCAGGUGAGGGACUUGGGAAGGCAGCAUGGCUCACGAGCUCUCUGAAGAACAAAUCGCCGUCCUCAAAGAGGCCUUCUCGCACUUCGACAAAGACGGCGACGGGAACAUUACCCCGGAGGAGCUGGGGAAGGCCUUGCGCUCCCUCGAGCACGUUCUGAUCCAUCUCGGGGAGAAGUUCACGGACGAGAAGAUGGAGGCCAUGAUCGAGGAAGUCGAUGCGGACGGGAACGGGAAAGUGAACUACCAGGAGUUCCUGAGGCUGAUGACGGAGCUGUGA